CGCCAGCCGGUUGUGUUGUUGACAAGUGAUAGUUCGUCGUCAUGUCUUUUCAUUGGAAUUUUCAUGUCUUCUCAGCACACUUGUAAGUUUUGGCAUGUUAAAGUAUUUUGUGUAAUUGUUACAUCAUGAUGAAAACAUGUGCUACAUGUGUGUUGAUGGAAAGCGAUCUAUUUGCAUUUAGACUGACUGAGAGCUAUCAGUUUUUCCUUUCGAGAAAAAUAAAAGGCCAACACCAUGGUUAAAAAAGGGUUUUUGUUAACCAUGCUCAAAGUUGCCACUACUCGUGUAUCAUCCAAGCUAUCAUGUGUGUUGAUGGAAAGCGAUCUAUUUGCAAUUAGACUGACUGAAAGCUAUCAGAUUGUCCUUUCGAGAAAAAUAAAAGGCCAACACCAUGGUCAAAAAAGGGUUUUUGUUGACCCCUUGGUUGCUACACAUUCAAUCCUCAUAUCCUUGGAAUGGACCCACUCUUAUUUAGAGGUUAAUCCCUCGCCCCUACUCAAUAGACGGAAUCCGUUGGUGGAAACUGACGAGAGAUUAGUUUGCUGAUAUUCAGCAAUCCAACCAAAGGCCUUUCAACUUCAUCCUUGGCCGAUUCUUUUUACGUUUUACGUUUUGAUCUUUCGAUUGUUUGCUGACGAUUAACGUUUUUAUUUGAAAAUAAUUUCUCCGUUUUGUUUUGUUCAAAAGUGUAACAUUAUAUUGAACUUGUCUUUAUUCUCAAUACAAAUUUUAAAUCGC